AUGACAGUCUUCACAUUGGUGGCACUUCCUAUCGUCUUGCUAUCUCUGGUCGUGAGAUAUCAUAAAGAAAUUCGACAUUGGCUGUGGAGUCGUCAAAAGCACAAUCACCAACAUGAAAGCGCAGAGACUCCCUCUGUCCUCAAACCACAGCCCAUCAAGGGUAGAGAACGAUACCGCGUGAUGAUGGACAUUCGCAAGCUCGAUGCCCAGAACUGGUUGACUCUUGACAAAAACUACAUGGACGAGCAUCGCGUACGAGAUGCUCUACUUCGCCAAAAGAGGGACCAGGUAAUACAGUGUCUCCCCGAAUCGGUCGACGCCUGCCACGAGGCGCUUGAAGAGGUAUCCAAUUUUUUGUCUCAACGCUUUCCCAACAUGUUCGAGACUACUUUGUACAACAGCAACCCACAUAUCCAAAAUCGAAUGACUGGUGAAAAGUUCAAACUUGGUGGUUCGGCCCCAAAUGAAAACCUUACUGACGCCCUGGAGGCGGCGGUGCGGCUUACGAUGGAGGAUCUGAGCAUCCUAAUGAUGAAUGAAGAGAAUGAAUAUUAUCUGGCUGCCAGCGCAAGUCUCUUCCCGACGGGAUGGACAGUGGACCAGCGGAUUGGAUGGACAAUUUCCCGGAUGCAUGAGCCAGUACCAUUAUGGCAUCAACAAGUAGCGAACUCAGUCAGCAAAUUCCUCGCCCGGCUCACACCAAACUCCCCAAUGGAGCGAUCCAAUUACUUCGUUGAGGUGAAAAGCCCAAAUGAGAACCUCUUUGACAUUCUUUACCGUCCAGGAUCGCUCUGCGAGAAAGAACUACUCAACCCGACUCCGGAUGAAAUCAUCAUUCGCCGCGAAAGGCAGACUUUUCGCCGUCUCCCGCGCACGGGUGCCAUUCUCUUCGGUGUCAAGACGUUCUUGACGACUCUCGACGAGCUUCCUAUGCAGGAGUUGGAGAAUUUGGCCAAAGAGAUGGAGACAUGGCCUGAAAGUGUGGGUGAGUAUAAGGGGAAGAAUGUGUGGGGUGCGAAAGUGAAGGAAUAUUAUAGAUCGAGAACGCAAGUUGAGAAAGUGGAG